CUUCACCUCUCCUACUUCGUCGACCCUGCCACUACUAAGAACUGUAAUUGAACUAUGUCAUCAAAGGAGAGUUUCACGACGAGCAGCCUCUCGCUGAAUCUGAAUGAGGACUGGGACCGCUCAAGUGAUAUUAUCAUACCUCAGACCACACCCGGGGCAAAUAGAAGUAGGAAAAACAGGUCGCUGAGUGAGCUCAUGCGGCUCCAUGCCGAGAAGGGGACCAAUGUGAUUUUCAACGUCGAGGAAGCGAGUCGUGUAGCAGAUGUUCUCAAGCAGUGGAUAAAUUCGGGCACUUCUCCGUACGAGGGCGAGGAUGAUUUCUUUUCUCGUGCGAACGAUGAUCUGUCACUUGGUGCGAAACGUUCGUUGCAAUCAGGAGACCUCAGUGGCCGAGCGAGAGGGCAGAGCGAAAGUGUUGUCUCGCGAUAGUCUUCGCCGAGAUCACUUUCAGUUUCGCUUUCGAAUGUCCAUCCGGUGACCGGUCUUUCACAACCCUUUAGAUGAUAGUUACGACCUCUGACGAUACUGAUGAUUUUCAUGAUGAUCAUAUACUCUACUCUGCGACUCGAUCAGUCAUAUUACUUAUAAGUUACUUGGCAGUCUUUUCUCAAAUUCUUCGAUUUACGAAGCCAAGUCUGUAUGCAUAUAUUUGGUUAGGUAUUACUAUUAUGACAUAAUCAAUGAACUUGGUACAGU